AUGUUCGCCCUGACCAUCUCGUUCGCCGCGGCGGGCGCGACCGUCCCCGCGAUCAUCUUCGCCCUGCUCACCGCGCUCACCGCGUUCGUCUUUUACCUGUGGAGGGACGAGCUGAACCUGGUGGCGUCGCUUCUCGCCGUCUCCACGAAGGGUUUGCGCGAUAACCCCCACAUCGUCACCGCCGUCGUGGGGCUGCAGCUCGCCGCGUUCGCGUGGCUCGUGCCGCUCGUCGGGUUCAUGAUGUUCGCGAACAUGAACGGCGCCGUCGCCGUGUCGCGCGACGCGGUGGCGCGGGACGCGAGUUCGGGAGUUUGCGUGGACGGCGUCGGAGCCGCCGUCGACUGCUGCGCGUGGGAGACGGAGGCGUGGGUUCCGCCGUACCUCUUCCUCGCCGCCGUGUCCGGGAUCUGGUUCGUCUCCGCCGCGCUCGAGACGAGGCUGUUCGUGAUCGGCGGCACAAUCUGCCAGUGGUACUUCGCUCCCGUGGGCACGAGCGAUUUCUCCGGCGGCGUCCGGAGAGCACUCGGGCACGCGCUCGGUCCGUCGUUUGGAUCUGUGUGCUUCGGGUCGUUCGUCCUGACGAUGGUGGAGCUGGCGAGGUCGGCGGCGGAGCGUUUGCGAAGGGAGGACCGCGAUAACAUCCUCGUGUGCAUCAUCGUCACGUGCCUCGAGUGCGUGUACGCGAUCAUCGAGUACAUCAGCAAGUUUGCCAUGCUCCAGGCGUCAAUCACCGGCGAGGCGUUUUGCGAAGCCGCCGCCUCCGUCACCGACUUGCUCUCCAGGAAUUUCCUCACCGCGUACGGCACCUACGCGUUCCCGGGGAUGAUUUUGCAGGGGGCGUCGCUGGUCAUCGCGGUGGGUUUCGGGUGCGCCACGUGGCUCUUAUCCUACGGCGUCUUUGCCGCGACGCUCGCCGCCAACGCCGGUCUCUACGCGGGUUUGGUUGGGAUAUUAUCGGCGAUCAUCUCGCUGGUGGUGAUGAGCUUCUUCGCCAUGAUCGCGUUGAACGUCGUGGACGCGGUGUUCCUGUGCUACGCGAUGGAUAAGGAUCGCAACAGCGUGCACAGGGGAGAGCUGCACGCGGUGCUGCACGAGGUGAACGAGAAGAACCAGCCGCAAGGCGGGUUGGUGAGGAAUCCCGGCGGACAGUACGCGUACGGCAGCUACGCUUGA